GGAAAACCCCGAGAGGUCCUUUGACUCGCCAAAGAGGGCCGAGCCCUGAGCGGGGAAGGCCGAGAGCUUCGAAAGGCGUCACUCGUCUCCACCGAAAGCAGCCGAGUGCUUUCGGAGAGUCGGCAAGUAGGCGGAGCUUGAGGGUGUAAGGCGGAAGUUGCCGACGUUCUUCCGGGAAGGGCCGAAGGGGGCUGUCCGUUGCCGUCCGACUUACACACGGAGCCCGCAAUAGGAAAAGCAGCGGCGGCGGCGGCGCUCUGAGGCGGGGCUGCCCCGGUUGCUUGGCCCUUUCCCUGGCUCGCUCGCCUCCCCGUCUCCCUUCCGACCCUCCCUCUUCCUCUUCCCCCCGACCCGGCCUCCCCGCCCUCCCCGUCCCGUCCCUCUCGGCCGGCCAGGCCAGGCCAGGCCGCGGGAGUCGCCGUCCCCCCACCUCUCCCCCUCUCUCUUCUCUCAAGAGCCGGGCAGGAUUGGGCCGGGCCUGGCUGCGGUAGCCACUGGGAGAGGUCGAGGCCGGGGCCGGAAGGGCGAAAAAACAGUCCGCCAAGCCACCAGCAGCCAGCCAGGAUGAUCAAGCUAUUCUCGCUGAAACAGCAAAAGAAGGAGGAGGAAUCGGCCGGCGGUACCAAAGGCUCCAGCAAGAAAGCCUCUGCCGCGCAGCUCCGCAUCCAGAAAGAUAUAAAUGAACUGAAUUUGCCGAAAACAUGUGAAAUAGACUUUUCAGACCAGGAUGAUCUUCUCAACUUCAAGCUAGUUAUCUGCCCUGAUGAGGGAUUCUAUAAAGGCGGGAAGUUUGUUUUCAGUUUUAAGGUGGGGCAAGGGUACCCGCAUGACCCCCCCAAAGUCAAGUGUGAGACCAUGGUGUAUCACCCAAACAUAGAUUUAGAAGGCAAUGUUUGCCUAAAUAUCCUCAGAGAGGACUGGAAGCCUGUACUAACAAUAAACUCUAUAAUUUAUGGCCUGCAGUAUCUCUUCUUGGAGCCAAACCCUGAAGACCCCUUGAACAAAGAGGCUGCUGAAGUCCUCCAGAACAACAGACGCCUGUUUGAGCAGAACGUCCAGCGCUCGAUGCGGGGCGGCUACAUUGGUUCCACCUACUUUGAGCGCUGCCUCAAAUAGAACUGACCGGCUCCGGGCACAAACUUGCUCCCCCUCCCCCUCCUCUCAUCUCCCUUCUAGCUCUUCUAAGGGACUCUGCCAACACCGCUGCCUUCAGCCAUCAAGGGGGCACAGGAGUCAGGAAUUGGCAGGGGGCCCCUUCCAUCUUCUUUCUCUUCCUCCCCCCCUUUUCCCCCCAUCUGCUCACCCUACUGCCCCCUGCCAGCCUGGGGCCUCAGCAGCCACUGCCUCACCAGAUCCUUGUACCUCCCUCACUGCUGUCCCUCUGUGCUGCUGUGGGGCGAGGGGUGAGGUUACUGCUGCUUCUUUGUCCCACCCACUGUGUUGGGGUAGCCACCUGUUCCUGACUGUGUGGGACCCCAUUCCUGGUGCCCGUCUGUCUUUCUGGGAGCUGUGGUUUUGCUGCUAAGAACAGAAGGCUCCCUAUGUGCUCUGGCAUUCCUUGCCUGCAGUGCAGUGUUACUCAGCUGCGGGAUCUGCAGGCCACUUGCCUAUCCUUUCCUCCCCUGCAGGGCACCAAGGCUUCUGACCGUAACUAUUUAUUAAAUGGGGGAGGCUCUUGAGGGCUGGGUAAACGUGGAAGGCUAGAGGGGGGUGCUCAGCUGCCUCCACUCUGCCCCAGGCAUUGUGGCUCAAGGGGGAGGGGCUGGGUCAGGCCUGGAAUAUUCCUUUUAGGAUCAACUCACUUGUGUGUCUGGUUUUUAAGGAAAAACUAAUAAAGCCACCACCACCACUUCCAAACCCACCAACGCUAAUAGUAGUAGUAAUAAAAGUAACAGGGACGCUGCUGAUCCCAUUGUUGUCUACCAGGGCCUGCCCAACAAUGAACUCUACUCUGCCUCUCCAGUGACUCCUGCAAGUCCCUGGCCAACAUAAAGCCACUGUAAUUCUAGUGUGUCGGGUUAUUAAAGGGGAAUGUUAGCACA